UUGUGCGUGAACUCGGAGAAAGAUAUAACUCUUGUAUUGCGGCUAUUGCCUAUUAAACCCUAGCUUACUGAAACCACCCCAACAGAUGCAAAAAUUAACCCAAUAAAGAUGGAAAUCGCAGAAGAAAUGGAGAUAGAAGAAGAAAAUCCAAGCCCAAAGCCUAGCAAUUUGAAGCGUAUAGGUCUGAAAAACUCAAUCCAGACGAAUUUCGGAGAUGACUACGUCUUUCAAAUCGUCAACAAGCACGACUGGGCGUCGAUGGCGGUCUCGCUCUCGACGAAUGCGGUGAAGUUGUACUCGCCGCUUGCCGGACAGUACCUUGGGGAGUGCAAAGGUCAUUCUUCAACCAUCAAUCAGAUUUCGUUUGCGGGGUCGUCGGCUCCGCAUGUGUUGUACUCUUGCUCGUCCGAUUGUACCAUUCGAGCUUGGGAUUCAAGGUCUUUCCAACAGGUGUCUUGCAUAAAUACAGGGCCUUCACAAGAGGUUUUCAGCUUCUCUUUUGGUGGGCCCGGUGAUAAUCUUCUUGCAGCAGGAUGUAAGUCUCAGAUACUAUUUUGGGAUUGGAGGACAAUGAAGCAGACAGCAUGCUUGGAAGAAUCUCACAUGGAGGAUGUUACACAGGUUCACUUUGUUCCUGGUCAUUCAAACAAGCUUGUUUCUGCUUCGGUUGAUGGAUUAAUGUGUCUGUUUGAUACCAGCGGAGAUAUUAAUGAUGACGAUCAUUUAAUAUCAGUGUACAAUGUAGGAACCUCAAUCGGAAAAGUGGGAUUUUUUGGAAAGGCAAAUCAGAAGUUGUGGUGCUUGACACAUAUUGAAACCUUGAGUGUUUGGGAUUGGAAUAACGCGACAGCUGCUGAAGCUACCUUUGAAGAUGCUCGAGGUUUGGCGUCCGACAGCUGGACUUUAGAUCAUGUUGAUUAUUUUGUGGACUGUCAUUAUUCGACCGAGGAGGAUCGUUUAUGGGUUAUUGGAGGCACGAAUGGUGGCACGUUUGGAUAUUUUCCGGUCAGCUAUGGAAGUGCAAAGACAAUUGGUUCUCCAGAGGCGGUUUUUCAUGGUGGCCAUACUGGUAUUUUAAGGACUGUGUUGCCUAUGUCGAGCAUAAUUGGCCGGAAGUCUAAGAACAAUGGUAUCUUUGGAUGGUCGGGCGGUGAAGAUGGCCGAAUAUGUUGCUGGUUAUCAGACGACACAGGAGAGACCAACUGUUCGUGGGUUUCGAGUGCUUUGGUUGAAAAAUCAUCGAAAACAAAGAGGAAAAUGAGGCAUAGUCCCUACUCCAGAGCUUGAUUGACUACAUAAUUCAUAGGAAUGUUAUUACAGUGUAAUUCCGUUUUAUUUUAUUUUUCCCCUUGAGGAAUUACAGACUUUUGCCGUUAACGUAUGGGAAGCUCAAGGUUUUGUCUAAAAUUUUUAUUUUUGUGUUCGGUUUUUCUACUACCAAAUUUUGUUUGUGUUUUUGGCUUUUAGGCUACCAUUGAAUAGUCUUUAUUAUAAAUUUAGUGUAUUAGCUGAUUGAUUCAGUUGUUUCUAGAUGUUCUUUAUUUUGUAAAUACUUGUGUUUACUAAUAUAGAGUUUGUCG